GGCGGCUGACGGACGGCGCGGGGCGCGGCGAGCGGCGAGCGGCGAGCGGCGCGGCGGGCUGUGGGUCGGAGAGGCGCGGGCCGCACUUCCGCUUGGGUGUCAGAGGGUUGCGGGCCGCGGUCGGGGGCGGGGCGGCCGUGGGGUCGGCGGCGGCGCGGGGACCGCUUUCGGAUUUCCAGGAUCCACAGAACUUCAACAUAAAUAUAGAUCAGAUAUGAUCCAGUAGGAGGACCAAACCCCAGAACAGUGACAGCCUUGUCACUGAAGGAUGAACGGGGAGGAAGAAUUCUUUGAUGCCGUCACAGGCUUUGAUUCUGAUAAUUCUUCUACAGGAGAAUUUUCAGAGGCAAAUAAAAUUAGUGGGAUGAUUGACUUGGAUACCAGCAAAAGUACUAGGAGUGGGAAAAAUGGGGAGAAACCACCACAAGAGAAUGGAAUUCAAAAGCACAGGACAGCCCUUCCUGCUCCCAUGUUCACCAGAAGCGACUUCAGUGUGUGGAGUAUCCUGAAGAAAUGCAUUGGCUUGGAACUCUCCAAGAUCACAAUGCCAAUCGCCUUCAAUGAGCCACUGAGCUUCCUGCAGCGGAUCACAGAGUACAUGGAGCAUGUGUACCUCAUUCACAAAGCCUCAAGUCAGCCCCAGCCCCUGGAGAGGAUGCAGUCUGUAGCUGCCUUUGCGGUCUCGGCUGUGGCUUCCCAGUGGGAGAGAACUGGCAAACCCUUUAACCCACUCUUGGGAGAGACAUAUGAGUUGAUCAGGGAAGACUUAGGGUUCAGAUUUAUAUCUGAGCAGGUCAGUCACCACCCUCCUAUUAGUGCAUUUUAUUCAGAAGGUCUCAAUCAAGACUUCAGGUUCCACGGUUCCAUCUACCCAAAGCUGAAGUUCUGGGGCAAGAGUGUGGAGGCUGAGCCCCGGGGGACCAUCACACUGGAGCUGCUCAAACAUAAUGAAGCCUAUACCUGGACCAACCCUACCUGCUGUGUACACAAUGUCAUCCUUGGGCAGCUAUGGAUAGAGCAGUAUGGGAUAGUGGAGAUCAUAAAUCACAGAACUGGAGAUAAGUGUAUACUUCACUUCAAGCCUUGUGGAUUGUUUGGGAAGGAACUUCACAGAGUAGAGGGGUACAUUCAAGACAAAAACAGGAAGAAGCUCUUUAUAAUGUAUGGCAAGUGGACAGAGUGCUUGUGGGGCAUAGAUCCUGCUUCAUACGAGUCCUUUAAGAAGCAAGAGAAGAGAGGUGACCAUGCCAGGAAGGCCAAGUCGGAUGAUGGCCCUGAGAAAGCAAGCAGUGAUGUGCCUGGCGAUAUGGCGGAUGAUGUUCCUGUGGCUCAGGAGACAGUACAAGUUAUCCCUGGCAGUAAGCUACUCUGGAGGAUCAACAGCCGGCCUCCCAACUCUGCUCAGAUGUACAACUUCACCAGCUUCACUGUGAGUCUCAAUGAGUUGGAGUCAGGCAUGGAGAAGACUCUGCCACCCACAGACUGCCGCCUCCGUCCUGACAUACGCGGCAUGGAGAACGGAAACAUGGAUCUGGCCAGCCAGGAGAAGGAGCGGCUAGAGGAAAAGCAGAGAGAGGCCAGAAAAGAACGUGCCAAAGAGGACACAGAGUGGCGGACCAGGUGGUUCUCUCCAGGCAAUAACCCCUACACAGGAGCUCCUGACUGGCUGUAUGCUGGCCAUUACUUUGAGCGUAACUUCUCAGACUGCCCAGACAUAUACUAAGUAAGGCCUGUGAGCCCAGGAGCAGUUGGAAUCCUCAAAUAGCAUCUGAGCUUUAUGGUGGCAGACACCACAAAUCGUGGAGACAGCCUCGGACGUGACAGAGACCCUCAGUGAGCCUCGGAUUGCCCAGUGCUUCACUAUGUUGCAGCCCCUUCAUGAAGCUCCAGUUGGGUCUUCAUAGUCACUGAGGUCUCAGAACUCCACAGUCCUCUCACAGGUGACAGAGUGCACAAGGCCAGCAGAGCUGGCAGCACACUCUGUUAUAAAAUGUGUAAUGAAGGAAGACCCAGCAGGGCCUGUGUGUUCCACUCAAGGCUGUGGCAUGGGUUCUGGAAGACUUUCAAACCCAGACCCAAGAAGGAGGGGAACAUGGAUCUUGAAAGUAUCCUGUGGCCAGGGUCCCCUUCAUUGUGGAAAGCACUGUGGAAUGAAGUGACAAGCCUCCAGAUUCUGUAUUUUCUACCAAUCUUGAAUAAGGUAAAGAUUACUUUAGAAAAUAUUUAAAUUGAAACUACUUGAAUGAUCUGCUAACAUGCAGCAAACACAUAAUCACCACUGUGUACCGUCCAAACAAAGUGUCCCUGUGCCAAGCAGAGUGGCAGGAACACUGUGACUUAGAUGAGGAACCCCCAGGGCCACUCCAGCCUCAAAGGCCCUACCUCUAGCCACAGCACUCCAUAGCGUCACUGUCACUGUGGACCACGCCUGUUUCUAAGGUCAUUUCUUCACUCACCUCACCUGUGUGCCCUCCCUGCUCCCCCAAAGUCUUGUGUUUGGUUCCCCAGUGUGCAUGUUUCAGCCCAGGCCAGUUACAUUCAGUUGUGUGCAAUAGAAGGUCAGAAGCAAGAUCUACUUACCUGGUAUCAUUAAAGUUGUUUUAACACAAGUAGGUGUGUCCACCUCUGCAUUCCUGUCACAUGAUGAACUUUAUGUAAAAAUGGUGACACCAAGGCUCACAGUGGAGCUCUUUGCAUCAAAGAUAAUCUACUGUGUACACACCUGUGCAUUCAUAUAGUGUGAGUCACACCAGGCACUUGUAAAUGAUCACUAUGUCUAGGCUUCCAAACUGCCUCUGUCAUUAAAACACUUUGAAAAUCCAA